GAUUGGGUGAGGUCAAAUUUUGCCCUCCCCCCGCUCCGAGUCCUCUUUCCAGUGGUCACCUCCCAACACUCCCCCGGCACCCCGCCUCAAUCCCCUCUCCCCCCGUCAGAGGAGUCAAGUGGGAGUGGAAGGGUGGGAAGCAGGCGGGAGCCGCUGGAGUGGGAGGAGGGGAAGGAGGAGGGACCUCGCUGCCCGAACUGCCCGGCCCUGUGGGCUUCGGACCGGCCCCUGGGUUGUGCACUUGCUUGCACUUGGACGAGCCUCCCGGGGAGUCCUUGCAGGUUGUCCUCCGCGGGACCUGGGCUGCUGUAUGUCCCAGCAGCGUGGGCCAAGAUGAUUCUAGAGGAGAGCCCGGACGGCGAGGGAGGCGGUGAAGAUGGCAUCUUGUUGCAGCCCGCGGACGGGGGUAGCGUCCGAAAGGGCUGCAACCCCCUGGUCCAGACCCAGAGGAGCCGCCUACAGAACCACCGGGCCAGGAUCAACCAGCAGAUCAACAAGGAAAUGAGGAUGCGCACGGGGGCUGAGAACCUCUUCAAAGCUACCACCAACCACCGAGUCAAGGAGACCGUCGCCCUGGAACUGAGCUACGUCAAUUCCAACCUGCAGCUGCUCAAAGAGGAGCUGGAGGAACUGAACAGUAGUGUCGAUGUGUACCAGAACGAGAGCGAAGGCAUCAGUGUCCCCAUGAUCCCACUGGGCCUGAAGGAGACCAAAGACUUGGAUCUGGCCACACCCCUGAGGGAGAUGAUCUCAGAGCACUAUGGUGAGGACAGCACUUCCUAUGAAGUGGAGAUCAAGAAGCUCAUGGACCUGAGACAGGCCAUUCGAACCCCUAGCAGGAAUGAAACGGGUCUGGACCUCCUCAUGGAAUACUAUAACCAGCUCUAUUUUCUGGACCUCCGCUUCUUUUCUCCCAGUAGAAACCUUGGAGUCUUCUUCCAUUGGUAUGACUCCCUUACUGGGGUCCCCUCCCACCAGAGAACCCUGGCCUUUGAGAAGGGGAGUGUCCUUUUUAACAUUGGUGCCCUUUAUACCCAGAUUGGGGCCCGGCAGGACCGGGGUACCAGGACGGGCAUUGACUGUGCCAUUGAGGCCUUCCAGAGAGCGGCAGGUGCCUUUAACUACCUGAAGGAAAACUUUUCUAAUGCUCCAAGCUUGGACAUGAGUGUGGCCUCUCUCUCCAUGUUGGUUCGGCUCAUGACCGCCCAGGUCCAGGAGUGCGUCUUUGAGCAGCUUACUCUGGCCGGGACCCCCCAAGAGCCUCUCUCCCAGAUGAGACUUGCCCAGGAAGCAGCCCGAGUGGAGGACGUGUACUCCCUCGUGUACCAGACCAUGGUCCAGCCACCUGUCAGAGACUAUGUGCCCUUCUCCUGGACCACCAUGGUGAAUGUCAAGGCCAAACACUUCCGAGGCCUGUCCCACUACUAUGCUGCCAUUGCCCUCUGUGAUGGGCCCGUUGUAGCAGACUCAGAGAUUCCCAAAUAUGAGAAAGCUUUUCUCCAAUUCCACGUCACGGUGCCCGAGGGCCCUUCGCUACCUGUUCUCCUUCAGGACUCUGAGGAACGGAGAAAACUCGCAAAGGCACACCUGCGGAAAGCCAUGAUGAACCAUGAAGAAGCCCUGCGUCUCCAUGCGGUUUGCCGCAUCCUUCGAAAGAUGGACCUGCUGCAGGAGGUUGUGUCACUGGCUCACAGACGCUCCCUGGCCAAGUACUCCGAGAUCGACCAUGAGGAUGACUUCUUUGAGACUGCCGAAGCCCCUGAAGUCCACCCCAAGACCCACCAGAAGCCAGAGAUAAAGACGCCCAACUUCUCCCAGGUGAAGGUGACAGACAUCUUCCAUCGCUUGGGGCCCCUGUCCGUUUUCUCUGCCAAGAACCAGUGGCGACUAAAGGGGCCCAUACGACUGACUCGAGGCGAAGGUGGCUUUGGAUUCACUCUCAGGGGAGAUUCUCCCGUUCUCAUUGCAGCUGUCAUCCCUGGGGGCCGGGCUGAGGCAGCUGGACUGAAGGAGGGCGAUUACAUUGUCUCUGUGAAUGGGGAGCCUUGCAAGUGGGGAAAGCACUCGGAGGUGGUGGCCCUGCUAACAGGUGUGGGAGAGGAAGGUGUAGACAUCGAGGUGGUCACCCCCCAGCGAGAGGAGCCGCUUGGUCUGGUGGAUAAGAAAGCGACUACCUUGGCCUCAGUUGGGCUUUUGCGCAGUGACAAGGAAAAUGGUGGGCAGGUCACACUGCCUGGGCCUCUCCUUGGCUGGAACAAGAAGGCUAAGCGGAGCCAGGGCCCGAGGCGGCUCCAGCCUUUCUCCGCAGCAGCAGACAACACAUCAGCUUCCCACUGAGGCCCCCGCCCCGGGACAUCUUCCUCAGCCUUCCCUACAGGGCCAGUGAACAGAGGCUAGAAGAACUCCUGGCCCUGGCUUGGGAAUGUCUGAGAGGCAGCCAGCUUCUGGCUAGUCAUGGGAAUGGGCCUGGGGAUUCCCUUUUGGCUCAGACAGCCCCUGCAGGACCUCAGAGCUGCAGGUGAAUGGUCCAGGCAUCUUUCCCAACCCCAUGCCCCAGCCCAGAGGCACUGGGGGUGGGAGGAGGUCCUGGGAUCUCUUCCUCUGAACCUUGUGAACUUUAAAGCACUAGCAAAAUGAGCCCUGUUCUUACUAUUCUCCUGAGACCCGGUGAUAUAGCAGAGCUAACACUUGCACUUGUAGCCCACAGACCUGUAUUCAGAUUCUGGCUGGGCCACUUAAGUAAGUCAAUUCCCAUGCUCAGGCCUGUUUUCUUAAGUGCUAUAGAAAUGGAAAGGGCUGAUCCCAUUGGACUGGAUUAGUGAGAACUCAUGCGUCUGUAGCAUAUUAAAAUGGACAGCACUUUCCUGAAAGGGAGUUCUAGGAUUAUUAUCUGUUUUACAAAGAAAGAAAACUGGAGCCAAGAGAGAAGAUACUUGUUCAGGGUCAUUCAGCCAGUAACAAAAAGGAGACUUAAACUUUGGUCUUCCCAUUCCAAGCCCUGCCCUGAGAUGCCCAUCUCAGGGAUGAGGUGUGCCACAGCUGUGGGGGCUGCUGUCCCCAGGAGGAAGGAGAGUACUCUUCCCCUUCCCCCUUCCCCCUUCCUCCCUCAGAGGUGCAGUCUCACAGACCCUGACCAGGGUGAGAGGCAGCCUCUGCAAUGGGCCUUUGGCUGAUUCCACACGGGGCCCUUGUCCUUCUGGGUUUUGAUUGAAGGUCCAAAGGAGGGGCCUUAAUGGACCUGGAGCCCCGUUCUGUUGUUUUACAGGAGAGGAGACAGAUGCAGGACAGGGAAAUAACUUGCCCAGGGUGACGCAAUGAAUCAGAGGCUGCGGUAGAACUGGGCCCUAGGUCUCCUGACUCCAGGCCUGGUGCUCUGCACACCACUUACAUUUAUAGAGAAUUGUGCCCACUAAACAUCCGCAGUGUGUUGGGUGUGGGCAGGGGACAGUGGAAUGGACCCUGGGGCUAGGCUUCUAGUCCCUGAUCCUGGGCAGGUCAACUCUCUUGGCCUCAGUUUCCCCCUCUGUCAAAUGAGGAGGUUAGAAUUGUUCAUCUCUAAGGGCCCAAGAAGUCCUGAGUUCUCUUCAGGGAUAGAACCUUCUUCCCUUAAUCCCUAACUUUGCCAUGUCAGGCAUCACCUCCAAGAAGCCUUCCGUGAUCACCCUAUGUGAAGUGAUCUCCACCCCCCCAUAAGAAUUCAAAGUCCCUGGCUUGGUCUUCAUUACAGUGUCAUUGUAUCACACUCAUUUCUGUAGAAACAGUGUUGUGUUAGACUGAACUCCUGGAAGGCAGAGACGUGGCUAGUAGGCACUUAAUAAACGUUUGAGUCAAA